GCUGUAGUGGCUAUGUUGCGCGCGGUGCAAUUUCAAGACGUUUUAAACGGCUAAAUUAGUGCAAGAAGCUAGCGUUUUGUGGCCGCGAGAGUGUUAAUUUUUUUUUUGCUAAAAAGAAAAUUUUCUUGCAAUUCUCAUAAACGUCAAGCAGGAGAGGCGCGUAAACGCAUGAACGGCACAGCAACGUUGUAAUCACACUUCCAACAUCCAAGAACAGCGCUCAGGAAAAUCACAGCGAGCUGACAAUGCUGCCUUGCUGCAAUGCGAGCCUGAAGCCUGUGCUGCGGCCAGAAGCGCGCGUCUCUAAUGAGCUGCAGUUUCUGGGCUGGAAUGUGCCGCCUGAUCAGAUACAAUACAUUCCCGAACAUUGGCUGACACAAUUGGAACCACCAGCCUCCAUGCACUACAUGUUAGCCAUACUCUACACAUUCCUCUUCUUCGCCUCGACAAUUGGCAAUGGACUUGUGCUGUGGGUUUUCAUGAGCGCAAAAGCUCUCCGCACGCCAUCGAAUAUUUUUGUAUUAAAUUUGGCUUUUCUCGAUUUUAUUAUGUGCGCCAAAGCGCCGAUAUUCAUCUAUAACAGCUUUCAUCGUGGCUUCGCGCUCGGCAAUACUUGGUGUCAAAUUUUUGCCGCCAUCGGCUCAUAUUCGGGCAUUGGAGCGGGUAUGUUGAAUGCCGCCAUCGGUUAUGACCGCUACAAUGUCAUCACAAAGCCAAUGAAUCGCUCAAUGACCAUGACCAAGUCUAUUAUAAUGAAUUUGCUGAUAUGGGUGUACUGUACGCCGUGGGUGAUUAUGCCAUUGACAGGAUUUUGGGAUCGAUUCGUACCAGGUAAAUAUGUGGUGGGUGUGGGUGAAAAUUUGGGUAUCUGAUAUUCGUGUUAAACGGUCGAUUACUUCUCA